AUGUUUUCCGUCUCCUCAGAUGUGGACGAAUGCCGCAACGGGAACGGUGGAUGUGAGGGCGAAUGUUGCAAUAUGCCCGGCGGCCAUUAUUGUCGCUGUCCUCCUGGUUUUCGUCUGUCUGAAGAUCAACGUCGUUGUCUUGACAUCGAUGAAUGCCAGGAACAAUCGGACGGCUGUGCUUACGGUUGCGAGAACCUUCCAGGUGGCUUCCGGUGCUAUUGUCCGCCCGGAAUGCUGUUGGCUGAGGAUAAACUUUCCUGUACCACCUGUGAGUUAACCUACUAA